AAGAAGAAAACUACCUUAAACAUGUCUGGAAGAGGAAAGACCGGAGCCGGAAAGGCCAGAGCAAAGGCAAAGAGCCGUUCAUCCCGUGCUGGACUCCAGUUCCCCGUCGGUCGUGUCCACAGGCUGCUGAGGAAGGGAAACUACGCUCAGCGUGUCGGUGCCGGAGCUCCGGUGUACCUGGCCGCCGUGCUGGAGUACCUCACCGCUGAGAUCCUGGAGUUGGCUGGAAACGCCGCCCGUGACAACAAAAAGACGAGAAUCAUCCCCCGCCAUCUGCAGCUGGCCGUCCGCAACGACGAGGAGUUGAACAAACUGCUCGGUGGAGUCACCAUCGCUCAGGGAGGCGUCCUGCCCAACAUCCAGGCCGUCCUGCUGCCCAAGAAGACCGAGAAGGCCGUCAAGGCAAAGUAAAUCUUCAUCAACAGAAACAACACAACGGCUCUUUUAAGAGCCACCCACCUUCUUCUACAGAGCAAACUCCUGCAAUCACAUUAAUAUAAUAUGAUCUCUAAUUGUUGUAAGCAUUUAAUUAUAAUUAACAGGUAACACUUAACAUUUAAAUGUUUUGCCCCAGAAACUAUAAUUACCCUUAAUAGUGGUGCCUAAGCUACAUAAACAAUACUUCCAGAAUAAAUUAUAAAAUCAAGCCCAAACUUGCUUUACACAAAGCAGGAACCAUAGAGGGAAUAUUAAAGGAAUGAAUGAAGCUCACAUAAGAGUUAAUAAGAUUAACAUGAAUUAGUGCCAAUAAUAGAAUUUGAACUUAAGAAAAUAUAUACAUGUAUAAUAAGGGUGUCUAAAACCCAAUUAUAAAUAGUAAUGCAUGUACCUAUAUGGUGCUGCAUAGAGAAAUGAGUAUACACUUUAGUUUAAUGUGUAUAAAUACAUAAAUUAUCUCUGCUUCUUGUACACUUUAAUUCAUGUUUUGUUUUUUAUUUACUUUGGAGCUGGUUGCACUUUUAACUAGUUACUUUAACUUAAUUAAGUGUCUUUUAAUUAGCUGACUAAUUGGCAUAGUACACCUCUCAAUUAUAGUCAAUUAGGAUUUAUGUUAUUGGAGUUUUAUAAAUGUUAAUCAGAGGUCUAACAGGGAGAUUGACCCCAAACAUCAGUGAUAAAUAAUAGUGUGUAAAAACAAAAAACAGAUCAUAGCUCAUUCAGCUAAUAAAACAUUUGGUAUAAUAAAGGGGAAUACUUCCCACUAUGUUAA